GUUUCUCUGGCCCGGGGAAGUCGCUCGACAACUUUUGAGGCUUUUUGUUGACCCCCCCCCCCCCCAAAAUAAAAAACAUACCUGGUACUUGAUCCUCAGUCGUCCACAGCCUGAACGGCCGGAUCCUUCCGCGGCCUUCCCCUAUGCAGUCUUUCCUUCAGCACCGCCGCCUUCGGCUGGCGGCCGAGCGAGAUGUUGCGAGGCUGAGCAAGCCCCAGAGCGGCUCGCCCGCACCAACAGACAACGGCAAGAAUGAGUCUUCAUCCCUCGAGGCAGGGAGAGAGGCGAACGGCAAGCCGAACCUGAUACCCGGCGUCGAGCUCUCCGAAGAUGGCACCGUGUACCAGGUCGGCUGGGCCGACGGCGACCCCGAAAAUCCGCAGAACUGGGGUGCGGCCAAGAAGUGGUGGGCGACGGCGGCGGUGUGUCUGAUUGCCAUUGCCGUCAGCAUCCCGUCCUCGAUCGAUGCCCCGGUCGCCCCCCAGUUCAACGAGGAAUAUGGCGUCGGGCCCAUUGCUGGGUCUCUGACUACAGGCAUGUACCUGAUUGGUAUCGGGGUCGGGUCCAUGUUUGCCGCGCCCUUCUCGGAGACGUUUGGACGCAACUGGGUUUACUUCAGCACCCUGACCGUCUUCAUCCUCUUCUGCGUCGGCAAGGCACUCGCGCCCAACUAUGGCGCCGCCAUCGUGUUCCGCUUCCUGGUCGGCUUCUUCGGCGCCGCGCCGCUCACGGUCGGUGGCGGCACCGUCGCCGACAUCUGGGGUCCGCUCGAGAUCACCUUCAGCCUCCCGUUCGUGACCAUGACGUCGUACGCCGGCCCCAUCCUGGGGCCCAUCAUCGGUGCCUAUCUCCCCAACAUCGGCUUCCGGUGGGCCGACUGGAUCUCCAUCAUCAUCGCCGGCGCCGUCAUGGCCAUCAUCUUCUUCCUCCAGCCCGAGACCUUCGGCCCGACCCUGCUCGAGUGGCGGGCGGACCACCUGCGCACGCUCACCGGCGAUUCGCGCUACCAGGUCCCGGGCCACGCCUCGGCCGGGUCGCUGGGCCGGCGCCUGCUCACCAACUGCCUGCGGCCCUUCGCCAUGACGUACACGGAGCCCAUCAUCCUGGUCUUCUCCUUCUACCUGAUCAUCCUCUACAUCGUGCUCUUCACCUUCCUGAACGGCUUCCCGUACAUCUUCGCCCAGACGUACGGCAUCUCCGAGUCGCUCACCUUCAUCAUCUGGACCGCCCUGCUCGCCGGCGACGUCGUGGCCAUCCCGCUGAUCCCCAUCGUCUACGGCUGGACCAAGAAGGCGGCGGCCAGGGCUGCCGAGGCGGGCCAGCCCCUGGCGCCCGAGGUGUGCCUCUACUUCGCCAUGCUGGGCGGCUCCGUCCUCAUGCCCGUCUCGCUCUUCUGGAUCGGCUGGACGUGCUACCCGAGCAUCAGCAUCUGGUCCCCCAUCGUCGGCGUCUUCGUCUUCGGCUACUCGCUCGUCACCAUCUUCACCACCACCUACAUCUACAUCGUCUUCGUCUACCUGCAGUACGCCGGCUCCGCCCUCUCCUUCAUGACCUUCAGCCGCUACGUCAUCUCGGGCGCUCUCCUGCCCGCCUCGGUGCCCAUGUACGAGAACCUCGGGCCGCACUUGACCCUCACCUGGAUCGGUGCCGUCGCGGCCGUCAUGGCGCCCCUGCCCUUCGUGCUGUACCGCUACGGCCACAAGGUUCGGGCGAUGAGCAAGAACGUGCAGAACAAGGCGUGA